AUGGUGGCCGAUGUCACCCUGUCCACUGCCGCCGCCCUCGUGUCCACCCUCGGCGGGAGCGCCAGCUCCUUGUCGACCCUGUCGAAGAAAGCGACCACCGGGUCGUCGUCCUGCGCGGUGCCCGAAGCCUGUGGCAGAGGCCGGGGAGGCACGAGCAGCGGAUUGGAAGAGGUCGCAUGCGUGCGCGAGGAGGACACACCGCAGGAGCGGCUUGAUCCAGCCCCUCCCCCAGAGUGGCGCCCCCUGGGGGCGUGGUCCGAACGCCUGUCCUUGGAGGGGCCAUCCAGUGGAUCAUCGCGGCCUCUGCCCCAGCGACGCAUCGAUGGCACUGGCGCCACGACCACUGGCCACCACAGUUUUCGUCUGCCGGAUGAUGGCGGUCGUUCUGCAGGCCGCGGCCUUGACUUGCGUUGUGCUCGCAGGCGACCUCUGGUUCUCGACGUUCAUGUAUGCUACUAUGCCACCUCUCUGGCUUCUUCUAGCUAUCUGUUCAACCAACACCACUUCACUUUGGCAUGCAGAUUCCUCAAAGCUCUCCUGGCGGCGGAGCUGGCCUUGAACGCGGCGCGACUGAUCUACGACGCGGCGCAGGUCUUCUUCCAGAAACCGCUGCCGGCCUUCCGCUGGCAGAUGAUGGGGCUCGUCGCCGCUGACUGGGUGAUGAUGCUCCUCCUUUCCGCUGCUGGGUCGAGCUCCCUCGCCGUGGAGGACUUCGUCCAGAACAACAUGAGGCGUUGCGCGUGGCUGCAUCCCGGGACGUGCGAGCGGUACAAGGCCUCCGGCGUACUUACCUUGCUGGCGUGGGCUUUCACUGCUCUGGUCGCCUGCGUUAUGCUCCGUCUGCAAAGGAUCUGGGAUGAAGACGCCGCCGCCGCCGCCGAUGCGUGAUGGGCGGUCAACUUCUACCUAAG